CUCCCACUGCUAUCACGUGCUUUACAAGAGGACUCGACCUUAGAAAGGGGACAGAAGAUGUCCUUUGCCCAGCAAACUGUCCUCUGUGGCAAUUUUAUGUCUUUGGGGAUGGAGUUUAUGCUUCUCUUUCCAGUAUCUGUGGAGCUGCCAUACACAGGGGCGUGAUCACCAGUGCAGGAGGAGCUGUAAGGGUACAGACUCUUCCAGGACAGGAAAACUACCCUGCUGUAAAUGCCAAUGGGAUCCAGUCUCAGGUGCUCACUAGAUGGGCUUCAUCUUUCUCAGUGACUGGCAUCAAGAACACAGCGCUUGAAUCGGUUGGACGAUCGGUAUCAACAGCACGUCCUUCUACAGGUAAAAGACCUAAGAAGCCACUUGAUAAAAAGGCUGGAAACAAAGACUGUAAAGCUGAUAUUGCAUUUCUCAUUGAUGGAAGUUACAACAUUGGCCAACGUAGAUUUAAUUUGCAGAAAAACUUUGUUGGAAAAGUAGCUGUGAUGUUAGGAGUUGGAACAGAAGGGCCUCACGUUGGAGUUGUACAGGCCAGUGAACAUCCAAAAAUUGAAUUCUAUCUGAAAAACUUCACUGCUGCAAAAGAAGUUUUGUUUGCCAUAAAGGAAUUGGGGUUUAGAGGAGGCAAUUCUAAUACAGGGAAAGCUUUGAAGCACACAGCUCAGAAAUUCUUCUCUUUGGAAAAUGGAGCACGCAAAGGAAUUCCCAAGAUCAUUGUAGUGUUCCUAGAUGGCUGGCCAUCGGAUGAUCUAGAAGAAGCUGGGAUAGUGGCCAGAGAAUUUGGAGUCAAUGUGUUCAUUGUAUCGGUAGCAAAGCCCACAACAGAGGAGCUGGGAAUGGUACAAGACAUUGGUUUUGUUGACAAAGCUGUCUGUCGAAACAAUGGCUUCUUCUCUUACCAAAUGCCCACCUGGUUUGGUACUACCAAAUACGUAAAACCUCUUGUCCAAAAACUGUGUUCACAUGAGCAGAUGUUCUGUAGCAAGACAUGCUACAACUCCGUGAACAUCGCUUUCUUGAUUGAUGGUUCCAGCAGUGUUGGAGACAACAACUUCCGCCUUAUCCUUGAAUUCAUCAGCAAUGUUGCAAAGGCUUUUGAGAUCUCUGACAUUGGUUCCAAGAUCGCAGCUGUGCAGUUCACAUACGAUCAGCGUACCGAGUUCAGCUUCACAGACUACAACACAAAAGAAGAGGUCCUCUCAGCUAUCCGCAACAUUCGCUACAUGAGUGGUGGCACUGCUACUGGUGAUGCCAUUACUUUCACAACCAGAAACGUGUUUGGGCCAGUGAAAGAUGGUGCUAACAAAAACUUCCUCUUUGUUUUGACUGAUGGUCAGUCUUAUGAUGAUGUCAGAGGACCUGCUGCUGCUGCACAAAAAGCAGGAAUAACGGUGUUCUCUGUUGGUGUUGCCUGGGCACCUCUGGAUGAUCUGAAAGACAUGGCUUCUGAACCAAGAGAAUCUCAUACUUUCUUCACUAGGGAGUUCACAGGAUUGGAGCAGUUGGUUCCUGAUAUUAUUAGAGGCAUCUGUAAAGAUUUUUUGGACUCUAAACAAUGAAGAAAAAAUCUGCUAUUGGUAGUUUGAAACCAAAAAUCAUGAAAUUGAAAUGGUCCCUCUAAAGUACAAAUGUUUUAUUCUUACAUAUACUAUCAUAAUGCAAGGGAAGAAGAAACACUACUUUUGUUUCUGUGUUUGAGUCAGUCAGGAUUUUAUGUGAGCUUGUUAGAAGUUGUACUUGGUACUGGAAUGCAGAAUUUGGC